CUUUAGGACCGUGUCCCAGCGUGGGUCUUCAGAGCAGCAAACAUGGACCUGGUCUCUAAAACUCUGUUUCUGUGCUUAGCGUUUGCCCUCACCAGGGCAGGACCGCUGCAGGAUUCAGCUGCAGGUGAUGGUAAACCCCCGAAAUGCAGUGAUGUCAAACUUGGUGCCAUAACUACAGACGAUGCAGGCACAACUUACAUCUUUGCAGACAUAACGGAGCGCCACUGUGAGCACCUUAAAAAACGUGUGGAGGCCAGAGGCGGUUUAAUGGGAGCUUAUUUACCACAGUGUGAUGACAACGGACAGUAUCUGCCAGACCAGCGCCAUGGCUCCACUGGAUAUCAUUGGUGUGCAGACAGCAAAGGACAGAAAAUACCAGGAACUGACACGCCACCUGGUGUACCAAAUGUAAACUGCAGCAAACCAGAUGAACCACAACGUCUCUGUCAGCGCCACAAAGAUGAACUGAAGGGCAUCGAUACUUCAGUUGGAGUCUUUGUACCAGAGUGUGAUGAAAAUGGAGAUUAUCAACCAAAGCAGUGUCAUGCUUCCACUGGAGAAUGUCGGUGUGUAGACAAGAGAGGAAUCCAAAUAUCAGGAACCGAAACCCGAGCUGGUUCACCACCUCCAGACUGCAGCAAAGCAGAUAAACCAAAAGGUUCCACGACUAAAUGCCAGAAGCACAGAGACAGCAAAAAGACCACCACUACCGGAGGACAACCCAUAGCUGGAGUCUUUGUACCCCAGUGUGGUGAAAAUGGAGAGUAUCUCCAAAAGCAGUGUCAUGGCUCCACUGGACAUUGCUGGUGUGUAGACAGUGCCGGACUGGAAAUACCAGGAACUAAAACUCCACCUGGAACACCAUCUGUGGACUGCAGCAAAGCAGCUGAGCGUCACUGUGAGCACCACAAAACCCGAGUAGAGGCCACUGGUACUUUAAUCGGAGGCUUUUUACCAAAGUGUGAUGAAAAUGGAAAGUAUCAACCACAGCAGUGCCAUGCCUCAACUGGACAUUGUUGGUGUGUGAACAAAAAAGGGACGGAAAAACCAGGAACCAGAACCGCACCUGGUACACCACCGGUGGAUUGCAGCACAACAGAUGGGCCCCAGCGUCAUUGUGAGCGCCACAGAAACAGCAUCCAGGCCAAAGGUGUUUUAAUUGGAGCCUUUUUACCGCAAUGUGAUGAAAAUGGACAUUAUCAACCACAGCAGUGCCAUGGCUCCACUGGACAUUGUUGGUGUGUGGACAAAAUGGGACAGGAAAGACCAGGAACCAGAACUCCACCUGGGACACAAUCGGUGGAUUGCGUCAAAGCAAGUCGUGUCUACAUGCGUCUGGAUACCAUCCCUGAUGGCCUCCACUCCUUACCUAUAACCAGGGCAUGGCAAGAAGUAGGCGACAGGGUGGAAGCUGUUUUCUCCUACAGUGACAAGAUGUACUUGAUUGAGGGUGGUCGGAUUUACACCUAUCUGGUAGGUUCCAACAUCACCCGCAUUGGCGACUUUCCUAAAUACUUACAUGAGAUGGGCAUUGAGGGACCUGUGGAUGCAGCUUUUGUGUGUCCAGAUGAACACAUAGUCCAUAUAAUCCAAGGAAACAGAAUGAAAGAUGUUGACCUUUCUGCCACGGAGUGGGCCGUUAUCCGAGAGUUUCCAUUGCCCUUGUCUGAUAUUGAUGCUGGUCUGUGCGGUCCAGAUGGUAUUAAACUAUUUAAGGGCUCAGAAUAUUACCACUAUGAAAGCCCUAUGAUACUGGCUAUGGGCAGGAUUGUUCCUGAGCCGAAGAAGAUCACCUCAGCAUUGUUGGGUUGUGAGGAUUAAGAAUUGAAAUAAAGAUUUCACGGCCCUUUACAAUCAAAACAUUCUUUAUGACAAUGAAAAAUGGGGUGAAGCUGUUUAAACUUAUGUUUAAAAAAAAACAUCCUUUCAUACAGACAAAUUUGACUUUUGUCUAGUGAAUUAAAAAAAGUAAAGUAAAA